CAACAGAUUACAGCAACCGGCCCGCUUAAUAUGAAUACAUGCUUUCUACUGUACACACAGGGGUUUGUUAUUUAUUGGUUAACUUAUAGCGGUCGAAUCCAACGCGACAACAGCUGGUUCAAGCCCUCAGUCAUAGACUGCUCUAGAAAGGAAACAUAGCAGCAGCGGAAGGUAAAGGCUAGCAAUAUACACAAUACAAGCGCCAAAGCCUACCGUUGUGGCUAUUUCACCGAGGGACGAGAGACACAAUUGCUGUCACCUUAAUUGGCUCGACGUGAAGCGCCGCAGCUAUGGAUAGUUUUGCAGAGCUUGGUGCUGCCCUAACUGAGCGGAUUUCGGAGCUUAGAAAGCUUGCUUUGCUGCGUAUCGAAGAUGGUGGAAAGGAGCUCUUCCAACAAGACCUGGCAGGCCUCGAGGUCAGCGUGAGGGCGCUGGAGACUCAGGUGGCAACGCUGAAGUCAUGCAUCCAGGGGGAGCUAGCGGCCGUGCCCAAGGUGGAGGCCCUCAUCGACGCCAGCAAGGUUCAAAGCGACCGACUAAACGCCAUUGCGGCCAACCUGCCCGCACGCCUUCCCCGGCCAGUUGUUACCUCCGUACAGGGUGCAUCGCUGGCGUCCUGCCGUGCAGGCGGGCAGCACGACCCCACCCAACAAGGGCCGACGGGGACGGCGCCGACAGCAGCCGAUGAGGGCGCGCGGCGGCGCAAGGACGUGCCCCGCUGGUACGUGACGGAGCGGGAGUUCGAGGCGACAUCAGCCUACCUGCGCGGGCGGCUGCAGCCGGACAAGGUCAACGCCGCGCUUGACGAGCUGGCCUCGCACGCGCUCAACAACCAAAAGCUGAUGGCGGCAAUGAAGGCGGGAGGCAGCAAGCUAGCGCCGGCGGACCGGAAGCGUGCGACAGAGCUGCUGCAUAACGCCACGGCCAAGGACGUCAUCAAGGGGCACUACUGGUUCCUGGACUCGGACCUGCGCGAGGGCAGCCUGGUGAAGCCCGACAAGAGCGGCAAGGCCAUGCUCACCCUGCUGCGACAUUUGGGGCGCCUGCAGGAGGUUCGCUGCAACAUCGAUGGAGCGUCUACCUAUAUUUACGUUCUAGUGGAGCGGACCGUGUGAGGGUGCUAUGUGCGCCGGUCGUGUGGAGGGCUUUCCAGGACUUAUCCUCCUAAACAUGUCGAGCUCGCAAAGCAGGUGUUACCGGCUUGAAGUGUAGCUGCAAACGGCAAGCUGUCGGUCGGCUCGAGGGGUCGACGGGGCCGGGCAGGAUGAUAGCAAGUGACAGGGCGAUGUCUUGGGAAAGCCAUGUGCGUGGCUGAACCAACCGUAGCAUGCCCGAGUCAUAAUGGAACAGGUUACUGCAUGUUACAGCACAUUCGGCAGCGCAUACACACGGAUCCAAGGGAUUGCUCAAAGCACGUAGCUGAUUUCCUUGCGUUCACAGGGUUGAACGUCUUGGUGUGGGGCCAUGUGGGCCAUACUGUUUACCUUGGCUGUUCAGCCGACAGGCUCAACCAUUCCGACGUUGCUUCGCAGUCAAUGUCCAUGCUUUUGCCGCUACGAUUGUGUAGCGUAGUGUAACAUGGCAGGUACGGUCCUGUGGAUGCAUACCGGUAUUAUGCACUCCUUUCCGGUCGAAAACCUUGUCGAGCGGGUCACGGUAUUGACCACAAUGGUACAAUUUUCGUGGGGAGAUGUAAUGCAGCAACUACACACAGUACUUGCAACAUCCCACGUACUUG